AUGAGCCAGGGUUAUUUCGGCCGGCAAGAUAGUGGUGUUAGCGGUUUCAUAUCCCCCGAUGAGUUUUCACAAGAAUCAGACUCUAUACGGGACCACUUUGCAAGCACUCCCAAUCCUCAGCCUGAACAACAGAGUACCAGUCCGGGAGCUGCUCCCUUGUACGAUCCACUUGAUCAACAGACUCAUCUUUCGCAUGCUCAUACAGCCGAACUAGAAACUGGCACGGCAUCCACGUUGCAACCCACUUGCGGUGACGGUAGCCAAGACCUAUCAUCCAAUAAGAGACGGACUGUACCAGAGUACAGUUCAGGACAGCCAUCCAAAAGAGUUUGCGCCCGCACCACGACAAACGAGAAUGUGAACACGCCUCUCAUUCCUACGCUUUGUUCUUAUUUCUUGACAGCGCCUGUGGACGACCGGUUGGAGUUUCUUUCCUGGCUGUUCGAUGGUGCGCUUUCGCAGUGCAUGUCUGGAUUUCCAACCACUCCGACGUCCUCAUUGAACAAAGCCCGGAUCAAAGGGACUGGCCGCCGUGGCCGUCAAACACGACAACUUGUUCCGACGGCUUCCGAAAGUGUCCCGUCCUCGGCAAAAGGCCGGAAGGGCAUGUCAUGGGAGCCGGAGGAAAUUGACCUUUUGGUUCAGCUGAGGAGAGUAGAAAAGUUGCCAUGGUCGGACGUGGUGAAGCGCUUGACGGAACGGUUUCCUGGGAGGACAGCAGGGUCGAUUCAGGAAAACGCCGAACAUCUCCCUAUUAUAAUGAAUACAUUUUUCUUUUACGAACCCAAUGGGUCGGCAAAUCGAUUUUCAAACAAGGAACGGUUUCGUCCGCGCCCCAAUCCUCAAGCUCAUGUUCCUGUUAAUCGAGAUGUUAUUGGUAUUUCGGAGUCCACGUCUGACAACAACUGUGAUAUGAUGCACGCUGCAAACAAAACACUUCAGGCUCUGCCGCCCGAACCCCACACUCCAACGAGAGACCAGUUCUACUUCUGCGAAGUUGUAGAUGAUGAUGCACAGCCACGUCGUGAGCAUGCUCAGAACGCAACGGAAGUCAUUGUCAUUGAAGAGAAUGAUGAUGAUUGUCGUUAGUCAAACUGUCAGCCGUCCAACGCCAUAACCCAGGAUCAGCAUGCUUCAGGACCAUCUACCGGUUGCAAACGCAAAAGGGACGUUGACGAUCGUUCUUCCAAAAGCCAUGACUCUUCAAUGAAGUACCGAGAAAUGUGUCAAUCUUUCAUUAGCAGAAUCGAUCGACUCA